UGCGUAUUGGUCCGAAGUCAAACUUCCAACCCCUCCUCACCAAACCCUGUGUUCAUCCAAACCACACAUCCUUCUCCUCCUUCAUCCAUGUUGUUUUGAUGCUUUCUAUCUUUCCCUUCACAUCCAAAUCCCUCUUUCUGACAUGGGGCUGCAAUACAGAAAGUUGUUUCCACCAUCUUGUUAUUAUUGUGAUCCUUACACUCCACCGUCACCAAUCCCUCCUUACUACCCAGAUGAAGGAGGAGAGAUUCAAACUCCCAGCAAACACAACAAAAUCUCCACCUACUUGAUCAUAAGUUUUGCUCUUGCAGCCACAGCUUUCUUUGGUCUUUGCUGCUACGCCAUCUAUGCAAAGUUUUUCUCUAGUAGGAGUAGGUCGAGGAGAAGGGCUUUGUCACAGCAGCAAACAGAAGAUCCUUUUGUUGAUGAAGAAGAUGGUCCUGUGAUUGACCACCCCAUUUGGUAUAUCCGCACCAUUGGUCUUCAACAAUCAAUCAUUGGUGCCAUCACUGUUUGUAAGUACAAGGGAGGCGAAGGGUUGAUUGAGGGAACAGAAUGUGCUGUUUGUUUGAGUGAGUUUCAAGAGGAUGAGAAUCUUAGGCUUUUGCCAAAGUGUAACCACGCUUUCCAUUUACCUUGUAUUGAUACUUGGCUUAGAUCACAUACCAAUUGCCCCAUGUGCCGUGCUCCUAUUGUUAUUGACCCUACAAGGAUUCCAUCUAUGGAGCCUAAUGCUUUUGGUUCAAGUUCUUUGGAAACUGCCCAGAUGGAAGUUUUGGAAGAUAGGGGUGAGGACAAUGGUGGAAUGGAAAAUAGUGUUGAUCAGUUGAGGAAUAGAGAAGAGGAAGAAGGACAAGAAGUUGGAGAAGGGAGAAGAGUAUGUGAAACUGAGAGAUCAGAUUCCGAUUUGGUUAACAUGCAACCUAGAAGAUCAGUGUCUUUGGAUUCUUCUUCUGCUGCUAAGAUCAAUCUUGCUCUUGCAACUGUUAUGUCAGUGGAAUCUCGUGGGAAUUCAAAGAGGAUUGCUACUGCUGCAAAAGGGGGUUCUUCUUCUAGGACAAGGUAUCUGCAUAGUGAGCCUAGUUCAAUGAAGAGGUCAAGGUCCUUCAACGCCAAACAUCUAUUAUCAUGGUAUAGCCGCAGUCAGAGAAAGCCAAAUGCUCCUCUCAGAAGCUUUUGAUUGGUUCAGGUCAGUUCUUGAAAACUAAAUGUAUUUCUUACUCUCAACAAGGUGAGAGUUUGAAAGGUUUCUGUAUGAAAUGAAGUAAGUCAUGUGAUGAUCAAGUGUAUUAUAGCAAAUCAAAAGGUCUUGAACUAAUUGAAGGUUGUUUAUUAUCAUUGCCAAGUUUGGCUCAGAGGGUGCCACACCUGAUGUAUGUUUGGGUUUUGUAGAGCCAACCAUCAAAUCUAUUUAGACCUUUUCCUUCAUUUAAAUUCAAAUGCAUGGAUGCUGAAAUUAAACGCAGGGCACCUUAUAUAGAUUUAAGGGCCUAGGCCACUUAUAUAAACAACUUAUUCAAUUAAUGUUUAAUAAUUUCCCCUUGUGAAAAUUCGUACGAAAAUGAAAUAUUAUUUGCACCUUUU